AAAGAGAGUUUUGCAUUAGUGAGUGGAAAAUGGCGCAGAUGCACCGAGAAGAUGUUGAAUCCGUCACCAAAGUACUAGACGGAGGAGGAGGAGGAGGAGGCGGCGGCGGAUCUUCCGGCGCUCAGGCGGCGUCAUCGUUCAAAUUCAACGCCGAGGCACCGGAGUUCGUACCGCAAUCGCGUGCCGCCGUACCUGCACCGCAGGUUUCUCCGAUCUCCGGUUACUUUUAUCCUUGCUUUCACUACAGCGACGGAGGAGGGACCGGCGUCGUCGGUUCUCAGGCAUCGGAUUGGUUCUUCGUGGAUCCUGCUCAGCAUCAACACGUUCACGAUCCGGCGGCUGCGUAUUAUGUUCCGAGUCCGGCGGUUCAGUUUCCGGUGAAUCAGAACUCUUCUUCUUCGUUGCUCUCCGAUGAUCUCCGCCUUAAGAUCGUCAAACAGGUUGAGUACCAGUUCACAGACAUGAGUCUUCUAGCCAAUGAGUCCAUCUCAAAGCACAUGAACAAAGACCCCGAGGGUUAUGUGCCAAUAUCUUACAUUGCUUCGACCAAGAAGAUUAAGGCUUUAACGAGUAACCACCACUUAGUUUCAUUGGCUCUACGCUCCUCCUCUAAGCUUGUUGUGAGUGAAGACAACAAGAAAGUUAAGCGUAAAGUUCCAUUUACUGAGAGAGACAGAGAAGAUUUGCAGGGCCGGACUGUUGUUGCAGAGAAUUUGCCUGAUGAUCACUCUUACCAGAACCUUGAGAAGAUCUUUGGAGUUGUUGGAAACGUUAAAGCGAUUCGAAUCUGUCAUCCUCCUGAAUCAAACUCCUCUCGUCCAAAAGGAGAUUUCUUGAUGAGCAACAAAAUUCACGCACUUAUCGAGUAUGACCACACUGUUGUUGCGGAUAAAGCUGUGGAGAAGCUGAACGAUGAAAGAAACUGGAGGAAAGGACUUCGUGUGAGGCUGCUUCUUAGAUGCUCGCCCAAAUCAGUGCUCAAGCACAGAAGAAACUUUGAUGGCAUCCUCAUAGAUGAUGAAAGUCCUUAUGAAUCUGGAGAAGAAUCUCCACGUCUCCAUUUAACCGAGCAUCAGCUUGAUAACGAGGGUGAUGACAACAAUCUUGGAGGACUAUGGGGAAAAGGGAGAGGAAAAGGAAGAGGACGAUCUCCAAGAACCUAUGUGGUAGGAGGAGGAGGCGGAGAACGUAGCUUCGGUAUCGGGCUCGGACUCAGCCUCGGCCCUAUGUCACCGAGCCUAGGCCUACACGGAUCUUCGUCUCCAAAAACAGCAACAAAGGGACCAAGGAUGCCUGAUGGGACAAGAGGCUUCACUAUGGGACGUGGCAAACCUGUCAAUCUCAGUCUUAUCUAACAAUCUCUAAGUAAAAGAGGUAAAAGCUAUAGAAUUAACCAAAUAAUACAUGUUGGUUGUUGUUUUUUUGAGAUAUGGGUUCACAGAAGCAAGGACAUGGGUUUGGGAUGAGGUAUGGUGAAGUUUUUUGAGUGUUUUUUCUUUCUUCUUUUUGCAUUUCUUUUAUUCUCUAAUUUGGGCAAUUUCUUUCGUAUGUUUUGAUUUGUUUAUUUUUGUGUGAGACUAACUGAAUAAUAAAGGGUUUAUAGCACAAGGACUGCAACCCUGUUGUGUAUCAAUCUCACCUCUGUUUUGAC